AUGGCCGGACUGCUCAUAUGGGCAGAGCGUGAGAACGUGGCAGGCAAAAUGUCACAGAUGGAAAAGAGCAUAGAGACCAUCAUCAACGUCUUCCAUGCAUAUUCAGUGCGACUGGGGCACCCAGAUACCCUGAACCAGAAAGAAUUCAAACAAUUGGUGAAAAAAGAAUUGCCAAACUUCCUCAAGAAGGAGAAAAAGGAUGACAAACUCAUCAAUCAUAUAUUGGAGGACCUGGACACCAAUGGAGACAAGCAGUUGAACUUCGAGGAGUUCUCCAUCCUGGUGGGGCGGUUGACCGCAGCCUCCCAUGAAGAGAUGCACAAAAAUGCUCCUCCAGGAGAGGGCCACAGCCAUGGGCCAGGCCUUGGAGAGGGUGGUCAUGGCCAUGGCCACAGUCAUGGUGGUCAUGGCCACAGUCAUGAUGGUCAUGAACCUGCAACCAACCUGACACCCCAGCUCCUCAGGUUCUGCAGUGUGCCUGCCCAGGCAUUGGUCACUGUCACCUUGCUGCCACCCCUGCUCCAGCGCUAA